GCACCGCCGACUCUCCCUCCCCUUCUCCACACACCUCCUCGCCCAGCAUGCCGCCCUCCUCGCGUCGUCGCGCCGCCGACUCGCCCGAGGCGGCCGCCGCCUCCUCCUCCGCCAUCCCCGCCGUCGUGGCCGCCGCCGCCGCUGCGCCCGCGCCCGCCUUUCGCUACGAGCCCAACCAGGCGCAGAGCGAGAAGCGCGAGGUGCGCAAGGAGUACCGCAGACUGAUUGGCAACAGUGAAGAUGCACGCGCCAACAUGGGCGAGCACAAGGUGGGCGAUCUGCAGGACAUGAUUGUGCGCAGUGACCGGCUGUACGAGAGUGUCAAGGCGCCCGGCGAAGCCGUGCUGGAUGCCCGGCUGCUUCUCAACACCUCCGAGACGGCCGCGCAGCUGGCCAAGAACAUGAAGGUGGCGUCGGGCGCCUUUGACAUCGACGAGUACCUCGCGCGCAUCGCCGGCUUCAUCGGCGGCAAGCUCGUGCAGCCGGGCGGCGCGGGCCAUGAGGCGGACGAGGUGGAGGAGGAGGAUGUCGAGGCGUGGCAGUGGGAUCGGCUGGGACGCGCGGCGGGCAGAUGCACAAAGAGAGCGCCGGUGAUGGACUGCCUACUUGGGCCGCUCGACGUACAGGCCAACAAGCGCAAGACGACGAAGCGAGCUCGUAUCGAGAAGGAAGGUCCCGCCAUUGCGCCUCAGCAACUGCAAGAAGAGGACAUCCAGCGUUCGGAAAACGAAACGACGCGUCUGGUGCGCGACGUCGCCACGCUGCUCGAAGUCGAGGGCGGGCCCGAGGGCCUCAAUCUCUUUCGCUUCGUCAUUGAUCCGACGAGCUUCAGCAACACCGUCGAGAAUCUCUUCUACGUCAGCUUUCUCGUGCGCGACGGCAUCGUGUCGCUCGAGGACAACGACGAGGGCGAGCCGAUGCUGACGAGCGUGGAGGCGCCAAACGACGAUGAUUAUGCACAGGGCGUGACGCGUCGGCAGCUCGUCUUGGAGCUGGACCAGACGGUUUGGAAGGAGCUCAUCGAGCUCUACAACAUCCGCAAGCCCAUCAUUCCCUCGCGCCAGGCCGCCGCGGCGCCUCGCAGUGGCGCGUGGUAUGGCUAGAGGCGUGCCCUCCGCCCGCUCGCCUCACUGCCCCUCUCUCUCUCUCUCUCUCGCCUUACCACGAGCGUCUCUUCAUCGGCCUGACCACCCCCCUCGCGACACAUCACCGACUGCAUCCAUAGCUUGUACUUGUACCUCUCUCACUCACACACACACACCGCGUCACCUAGUCUCUCUUCACUCGCCGCUCCCGUCGUGGGUAAUGCAAGCGCGUUCAAUUGCG